UCUGCAGCUUCCUGUUCAGAUUUCUUUCCGAAUACUAACUGAAGGUAUUACAUCUACAGUAAAUGAACAUUUACUGAUAAAUUGAAGCACAGAGACCCUCAAAAAAGGCUGAAAGAGGCAGAAGAAUGUGGCUCAAAAGUCAGAUAUUGCUCUUAUAUUGCAUUGCGAGUGAAGUUUGGAUGGCAAAGCAGCUUGACUCGAGAAGAAACGUCCCCCGAGGACUUUACUCUGUUGAAGACGGUGGUUCUGCAAAGUGGAACAGGCUAAAAAGGAGUUUGUAUCAGGGAAGGUCCUGCAGGGCACGGGGCUGUUGCACAGGAAGAGAUGAUGCCUGCAGCUUUAACAUCGUCUCCAAAGCAGCUAUAUGUUACUGUGACCAGUUCUGUGCCUCCAAUUCUCCUGGCCCUGUAGACUGUUGUGCUGACUACUGGGAUGUCUGUGACCACCCCGUUGAGCCCACCAGGUCAGAUGAGCCUUGGCCACCUCCAACGUCGGGUUGUUAUAAAGACGGCCGAUAUUACGGAGAAGGAACAAUAAUUAAAGACAACUGCAAUUCCUGCAAAUGCUUCCAAAGUCUCUGGAAGUGUUCAAAAGAAGUGUGCCUUGUUCGCCAAGACUUAAUUCAGCACAUCAAUUCUGGAGAUUAUGGAUGGAAGGCUGACAACUACAGUCAGUUCUGGGGAAUGACAGUGGAAGAAGGUUUCAAAAAGCGCCUGGGCACCUUCCCUCCAUCUCAUUCUUUGCUGAAUAUGAGAGAAAGUCCAGGAAACUCACUUCCAGAAGAAAAAUUUCCUGCAUUUUUUGCAGCCACUUAUGCUUGGCCUGAGUGGAUUCAUGAUCCUCUGGAUCAACGAAACUGUGGAGCAUCCUGGGCUUUUUCAACCGCAAGUGUUGCAGCAGAUAGAAUAGCAAUUCAUUCUAAGGGUCAGAUCACAGACAACCUUUCCGCUCAGAAUUUGAUCUCUUGUGAUACCAAGAAUCAACAUGGAUGUAAUGGUGGAAGUAUUGAUGGUGCUUGGAGAUAUCUGAAAACACAUGGGGUUGUAUCCUAUGCUUGUUAUCCAUCAUUUUGGAAUGAUCACCUGGAACCAUCAGGUGAAAAUCACUGUUAUGUGUCAAGCGAAAUCGGAAAAAACUAUACAAAUGGGCCAUGUCCCAAUGCUUUAGAAGAAUCCAAUCGGUUAUACCGGUGUGCAUCCCACUACAGGGUCUCCUCAAAAGAAACUGAUAUAAUGAAAGAAAUCAUGGACAAUGGACCAGUGCAAGCUAUAAUGAAAGUGUAUGAAGAUUUUUUCCUUUACAAAGAGGGAAUCUAUAGACACUCUCAGAAAGCAGGAUCUAAAUGGAAAACUCAUUCAGUCAAACUCCUUGGGUGGGGAGCACUAGCUGACAAAAAUGGCCAGAAACAGAAGUUCUGGAUUGCUGCAAAUUCAUGGGGAAAAUAUUGGGGAGAAAACGGUUAUUUUAGGAUUCUACGUGGACAAAAUGAGUGUGAUAUCGAGAAGCUGAUUUUAGCUACUUUGGGACAGCCAUAGUCUUCUACUCUCUUUCCAUUGUUGCAUAUUGAGUCUUUCUAGAGAAAUAAAAGCGUCUUCUCUGUAAGUUACCUUGCUUUCUAUUAUGGCUUAUUAAGGCUUCCAGAGUCGAACAAGCCACAGCCAUCACAAGACUCUCAGAUCUUACCUGGUACAAACACUCUUUUAUACUAAUAGCAAGUCGUACCCAGGACUGCUGAAAACCUUGGUGUCACAGAGCAGGAAGCUCCCUCCUCUGUUAUUUACAUCUAGUACUACUCCCAUCUCACUACUAGUUUGUUAUAUUGCUUAAUGGUUGAUUCAACAGUGCCUGAAAUAAAUGGAGUUACAUCGUUAGCAUUAAUGUCUUUACAGUACAUACACUGGUCACAAAUCACGUUAGAAAUAUUAUGCGCUCUUCCACACAGAAUUGUCUCAGACAGCUCAUGGUCAUACUGGAUAAAAAGUUCCAAAGAAAUGUAAAGAGAGUUCUGAUCCUGUUGCAGAAUAAUUAUUUCCUAUCCUAGCUUAGGUAAAUUGUAUCUAUCAUCUCUUCCAGGAAAUUAAUUUUUUAGUAGUAGACUUCACAAAGAUGAUGCAUUUAGAGUAAUACAACAAUUACUUGCAGUGAAACAUCAUAUUCCUGUUCCCACAACCACAAUUAAAACUGUACGAUUUUAAUAAUUUGUUUAAUUAAAGGAAAAUAAAGAAGAAAAUGUAAUUUCUCCUCAAUUAAGUCUAGACUACACUAAUUCCUGAACUGCUUGCCUUCCACUUACUGUUUAACCUGGGAACAGGCAUGUGCCACCAUUCCCAAAAGCUGUUUCCGAUGGAUAAAGAUGGAAAAGACAUUCUGUUGUUUGUCUCCACUAGGAUCAGCGGGGUCAUUAACGCAGAGAAGACACCCACAGCCCCUGCACUCCUAACGCUCCCGGAGCUGCUUCUGUCUGAAGAGAAAGCCUUAAUGGCACGCAUCCCCUCCUAUCAGCACUGCUACAAGUCUUGACAGGCUUGAGGACUGUUUUGCUUAUUUGUUAAUUAAAAUAUGGUUAUUGCAAUGAUCAAUAUAAGAAGAAAUUAACUACUUUCCACCCCUUUUAGUUUCAGCUAAUCCAAAGGCCAGAUGCCAACAGGAAUCCUCAGUCAUAAAAUUAUCUGUGAAAGAAACAACGCUGGCAUGUUAAAUAGGUGAGGAAAAAAGCUGCCAUGAAAUUCCAGUAAACGAAGAAUUUCCAGUGAACAAAGAAUUUCCAGUGACACCUCCAGUGUCUUUAGUGCUGUGUCUUUUAUGCUUCAAAUGUCAUCAGAAAAGGAGUAAUAGCUUUUCCUUCAAGAACUUUUCAUGGUGGUGGUAUACAACAGAUGUCCUUGCCACUGAAAUAAUGUCUCUUAAACUAAACCUGGGUCACAAUUUAGGUUGCAUCACUACUGAAAGAGCUAUUAUUAAAAUGUUAGUAUCAUACUGCCGUACAACACGCACUUCUGUGGCCUCUAGUGUCAUAAAAUAAACCGAAUU